AUGGUAGAUACGACGGCCCUUAUGACGGUUGUGGCAGAUAAAUUUGUAGAGCCUGCCCGAGAUGGACAUGAGCUAUUAAACAUGACGGUUGUUGCCUUUCUUAUUGAACACGAGCCAUCAGGCCAGAAACUCAUGUUCGAUUUGGGUGUUCGGAAAGACUUUUGGAACCUCCCCCCCAUUCUUCAGCAGCGUCUUGGCCGGGUUAUACCUUCUUUGAGGGUGGACAAAGAUACAACUGAGAUUCUCCAGGAAAGCAAAAUCAGCUUGAAGUCAAUUUCUUCCGUGGUAUGGUCACACUAUCACUGGGAUCACACUGGCACGGUUUCGCUCUUUCCGCCAUCCACAUCGUUGGUUGUAGGACCAGGCGUCAAAUCGUCGCCAAACCUUCUACCGGGAUAUCCACAAAAUCCCAACUCGCCCCUCAACGCCUCUGAUAUUGAGGGCCGUACACUCGUCGAGAUAGACUUCACUUCGGGAUUGAAUAUAGGGGAAUUUCGGGCACAUGAUUAUUUUGGUGACGGGUCUUUCUACCUCCUUGAUACGCCAGGACACUGCCUCGGCCAUAUGUGCGCCCUUGCUCGAACAACUCCUGAACCAAAUUCCACCUUUGUCUUUCUGGGUGGUGACAUUUGUCAUUUUCCAGGAGCUUUUCGCCCGACACCUAGUAUUCUUCUCCCGGAUCAUAUUCCUACGGGUGUUCUAGAUGAAAGCCCCUACUUUCCUAGUCCUUGUCCGUGUUCGCUAUUUACAGAACCACAUCCCCUUUCACCCACAGAGGAGAAUAAGGCUACUCCAUUCUAUAAUAUCUCCACAGACCCUUCAGCCGCUUAUGCUGACCCUCCGAGAGCACAAGCAUCAGUGAAUGCGCUCAUCCAGUUCGAUGCUUCGCCGUCAGUGUGUAUCUUCCUAUCCCACGAUACGACGUUGCUUCAAUAUCUGCCUACUCUCAAUAACGAGCCGGAAUCAGAUCUCAAUGACUGGAAAAAGAAUGGUUGGAAGGAAAAGUGUCAUUGGGGCUGGCUAAACGAGAUGCCCCGUGGAGGGAAGCCUGGGCGGAAGCCAAUUGUGGAUGGCUUCUGGCGUGACGGACAGCUUUGGGACACAGCAAAGAGCGAGCUGGCAGAGCGUGGAAAGGGUGCAACGGGAACCGGUCUGUAG